CAAGUGAUUCAGAUAUAGAUAUGAAAUCCAGCCAAUUUGAUCCCUCCCUUGCAUGCUUGAAUGACCUAACAUCAGAAAAUAGGGAAGCUAUCUCAAAAAUUAUUGGUAUAAACAUUAACAAUUCUGUUAUAAAUCCAGGAUCUUCAAAUUCUUCACAAUUCCCUGGACAAAAAAGACCAGCUGACGACAAUGAUUUACCCAACGAAUUAGAUAUCUCUAAAAAACCAAACCAAAACAAAGACGACAUCAUUACCACUGCUACUGAUUCUUCCAAUUCGGGUACCUUUCCCCAAGGAUGGAGAAACACUAUCGUAUUCAUUAUUCCAAAAUCCACACCGGGAAAAUUUCGGCCAAUUUCCUGACCUCAGGAUUAUUAAAAGUCAUGGAAAAAGUUCUAAUCACCAGAAUUCAAUGGUGGUGCGAAAGUAAAAAUAUCAUCUCCAAAACCCAAUAUGGAUUUA